GUAGCUGGUGUGCAUUUGGUUGUGUGUAUGUGUGUGGGUGUGCGUGUGUGCGUGUCUGAAUGCGAACAAGUUGAUAUUGUUAUUUUUUUUUUGUAAUUUUUCCAAACAUAUUUGAAUUAAGCUCUGGAAGUAAGCCGGAGUUACGGCGAGUGAGGCAUUUUUCAGAGCCGCCCGAGGGAAAGAAAAAGACUUUCCACCACAGCGGAGACUAAUGAACUCGAAAAUAACAAGUUUGCUACGUACUACCUUUGAAAACAAGCCACAUCUACGCAGUUUAACGGAUUUCGGUGUAUCAUUUUUUUUCGACACAAGCUAACUUGAAGCUAGAGUGUGCAGCUGCUCACGCUUCUGUUUUUUUUUGUGUGUGUGUUUGGCAGUUUGCAGUCAAGUGAUAGUCCCGUGUGCCUUCUUAUAAAUGCUUAUAUAAAGUUGCUCAUGUUAGCUAAUGAAGUCGUAGUCAACGUCACAUAAGAAACAGUAAUAAGAGCGUAAUUGUGGGGGAUAAGCCAUAAGCCACUCAGAGAAAAAAUGCUAAAGACGCUGACUAAGAAGCUAAGAAGACAUUCACUCAAUGAAAUACAUCCUUUCCAACUGAAGAUUUCUUACCAUGGCAGUGGAGAGGGAGGGGAGAGCGAUGACUCCGAGGGGGAGAACCAGGAGCUUGCACAGAUUGACAGAGAGAGACGGAGAAAUUGUGCCCUCACCCCCUUGGCCACAAGCCAGCAGCACAACCAGGGUCCCCUCUCUCCUGCCCGGUUACGCCGCCUCCGCCUCCUUUUAGAUGCCAAUCUGGAUCGGCACUCUUCAGAGGAAGAGCUUGAGCGAAUCAGCUGCGGUGAAAACAGGAAGUGGGUGUCGGCGCUUCCCCAGCGCCAUGGCGAUCACCACAGCAGCGCCUCCAGUGAUGAGGAGGUGCGGGACCUCUGUGGCUGCGGGUCACCGGCUGCCUCUGCCAGGCCGCUGGUUGAGCCGGGUGCAUGCCUGGCUGCCUCCCCCAGCCCUGUACUCUUCAGCUCCAGUCCACCACGUAGCCUCAAGCCACCCCCCAUGCGCUUUCAGCUGCAGGUGGUGCAGCCAGUGGUACGGCCCAUCAUUUUGACUCACUUCGACCAGUCAGCACCUUACAGAAAGUAUCGGCACAGUUACGGCGGGGAGCUGGGGAGGCCCAGUCUGGACCUGGAGAAAAUGCAACAGAAAAUGCUGUUGAAAAAGAACUGUGGAGGGAAAACGCGGACUAUAAAGAUUCGGAAUCUGACAGGCAGUCGUCCUCCGCCCAGGUACACCUACGAUCCCUCCAUCUUCGCCUUCCGCUCCUUGAGCACCGCGCCCCCCUGCAGCCCCAUGACCCCGUCCGAGGAUCCUCCCUGCUCAUAAGGAAAUUCAUCCGCCACCAGAUACUCCUCUCCCUCCUCUCUUCAUUCCCAGACGGCUGCUUUUUUUUCUUUUCUUUUUUUUUUUCGCGGCUUCUGCAGCAAGGCCAAGGAGCGGCUGUUGCGAAACUGACUGCUAGAAAGACGUUUGUUUGAUGAGCGAACUAUUGCACACUCAGGUAAUCCCACCCUGUAACGCUGUCACUUUGAUCAUUGUUCUCCACAUGAAAUCAACAGGAACACUUUGAGUAUAAAACGGCCUAAACACGACAUUUCUAAGGAUGCUUCAGGUAUUGUAUGUAUAGCUCUCUCUGAAAAGAUCCUGUGAUUGGAGGAAGAAUGGUCAAGACACAAACCAGAGGUGGUA